CCAGAGAGGAUUGCUUUUAACAUUAAUCGUCCCUGCAACUGUUCUACAGCACCAGUGGCCGCCAACCGGUUCCGGUUACUAACCGCCUCCCAAUGGACAACCCACUGUUCGGGACCGCUCAUAUGCUGGAUGAGGUAGACAAGAAACUUAUGGUUCUGCUUCACGACGGUCGCACACUGAUCGGUUACCUGCGCAGCGUCGACCAGUUCGCCAACUUGGUGCUGCACCGUACGAUCGAGCGGAUACACGUCGGCAACGAGUACGGCGACAUCCAGCGAGGAGUGUUUAUCAUCCGUGGCGAGAACGUCGUUCUGUUGGGAGAGAUUGAUCGCGAGAAGGAAAACAACUUACCGUUGAGGGAAAUUUCCGUGGACGACAUUUUGGAUGCACAACGCCGUGAGCAGGAGGCGCGUCAGGAAAAGCAUCGCCUGGUAGCGAAGGCACUGAAGGAGCGAGGGUUAAACAUGAACUCGGAGAUGGCACAGGACGAGUUUUAAGACGCGCCAAGUCGCACGACCACGAGGCACACGUGAAUCAUUAUUAUUUUUUAAA